UGUUUGUAUGUGCCGUACCGGUGCCGUCAAAUUAAUCGUAUCGAAGAAAAACGUGGCUGGCGUGCCGCGAUAAUACAACGCUUCUAUCAUGCUCCCCCGUGUGCUCGUUUGACCGUCUUUGCUUUACACCAUACAUCCCUCAUUCCCAUGCAACGAACGCGGAGAGUACUUUCGAUCGAGUAGCUUCAUCGAGCUUCAUCCCGAUAGUUUUGGCUGCUUCUUUGGUUGCGGAAGUGAUAGUAGUGGUGCCAUUGUUGUGUAUAGUGUGGGAGCCACGCAUGCACUGCGCUCGCGGCGAAUUAAUCUCAAGAGAAGGUACAAGCUGCUACUCCCGGUGUGGGUGAACGGGCGUAUGUGUGUGCGCGCAAGCGUGGGCUCGUGUUGUGGACACACGGGGGAUUUUAAAUUUGUGCGCUGGAUUGUCACGUAGACUCAUUUUUUGAGAUCUAUUUUGCCACACUGUCUAGCUGAGUUUCAAAAGCCACGAUGACACAAGAACAGAAUGGCAUUAAAGAAAUGCAACAGACAGUGGACACGGUGUCGGUGCUGAAACCUGACGAGAGGCAGAGAAGCAGACUUGAUGUCCUCGCAUCGCACUUCAGGUCACGUUUUAAUCGCGAGCCUUCGUUUUUCGUUCGAGUACCUGGCCGGGUCAACCUGAUAGGCGAACAUAUCGACUAUUGCGGCUACUCGGUUUGCCCAAUGGCGAUCGAGCAGGACAUCCUCGUGGCCGUAUGCAAAUCCGAAGACGAUAAUGCCCUCCAACUCACAAACGUCGACGACAAAUACCAGGAUUAUCGGCACGACGCGCUUCAAGAAAUAAGAGAUCUGCAUCUAAACGAGGACGGUCUCGGGCCUACUUGGCACAAGUACUACCUGUGCGGCAUCAAAGGCGCCCUGGAAGUCAUCCCCGAGGAGAAGCAGCCCCGAGGGAUCCUCGCGGCCGUCUGGGGUAACGUGCCUCCUAAUGCGGGGCUCUCCAGCUCCAGCGCCCUCGUAUCCGCAGCUCUGCUCGCUACGGUACACGCUAGCCAGCAUACCAUGUCAAAAGAGGACAUGGCUACAGUAAGUGCCAGAGCAGAGAGGUACAUUGGAACUCAGGGAGGUGGAAUGGACCAGGCAAUUGCAUUUCUUGGAAAAACUGGAUCGGCAAAAUUGAUCGAAUUCAAUCCAUUGCGGAGCUACGACGUAAGCCUUCCAGAAGGCGCGGUUUUCGUUAUUGCGCACAGUCUGGUUGACCACAACAAAGCCGCCACGUCGGAUUACAACACAAGGGUCUUGGAGUGCCGACUUGCAGCUCAGAUCAUAGCUAAAAAAAUGGGUAUCGACUGGCAUCAGGUGCAAAAGUUAAUUGACGUACAAGAACUUUUGAAGAAAAAUCUAGAGGACAUGUCUACAAUCGUAAUGAAGGAACUUCACGAGGAACCGUAUGAUUGUGAAGAGAUAAAUCAAAUACUGGAAACAACGCCAGAAGAAUUAAAAUCAAUAUCAAACGUAACAUACGAUCCUACACGAAGGCUAAAACUGAAACAAAGGGCUCUUCACGUUUUUCAAGAAGCAGAAAGAGUCGCGGCUUUUCAGACGGUAUGUCAACGUAAGGAUAUGGAAGAGCUAGCUAGAAUGAGCCAAUUAGGCCGCCUAAUGUCCAGCAGCCACUCGAGUUUACAAAACCUUUAUGAGUGCAGCCAUCCGAGAAUUGACGCGCUUGUGACAGCAGCUAUUGAUUCCGGAGCUUUGGGUGCUAGAUUAACAGGAGCAGGUUGGGGUGGAUGUAUCAUCGCAAUUGUCUCAAAUGAAAACGUCGAGGAGUUCGUCAAUAGAUUAAAAAAGGAAUUCUACCAGAACGACGAGAGAGCUAACAGUCUAAAUUUAUCAAGUUAUGUCUUUCAGACCGAACCUAAACAAGGAGCUGCUAUUUAUUGCUCUUUAUGAUAAAAGAAAAAUGUGUUUAUAAUACAAUAAUGUAAGCAAAAAUUUUUUAGAAUUAUGGUGGA